CUGAUUUUUUUUCUCCAGCCGUCUUCAUCCUCUCGCAGUCGCUAGCCUCCACACCGCGCUCCUCUGCUCGGCCAACGGCUGCCCAAGUCCGACCAGCCGAGUGCUUCAUCUGCCAGCCAAGCCCCCUCCAGCCACCUCCCUCGGCUUCUUCCUUCUCUCCGCACGCGCGAAGCUUCUCUGCAGGUCGCGCCCACCACGCUCCAGCACCCCGCCGCCGGCUUUAGCUCCAGCUCCAGCUCGGUCCUUCCCAUGGCGCGCCCCCUUGCUUCUCUCUCCCUCCAUCUCUCCUCCAGCGCCGCGCCCAGCUCGCCCAACUCGGAUUGCGCCCUGCUCGGCCUUGCCCUGUGCCAUGGCGCUCGGUCGCCUAGUCUCCAGCUCGCCCGGACGCUUCACCGCCGGCGCUCCUCCCUGUUUCAGUUCGGCGCCCCUCUCUCUGGUUGCUCUCUGCGCCGGAUCUUCUUCUCUGGUGGGCGCCGGCUCCCCAGCUUGCCCCUGCUCCAGCUCGCCUGGGCGCGGUCUUGUCUUGCUGCUCCAGCGCGCCAAUCUCCCUGCUCGGACCUCUGCCUUUUCCAACCGUGCGCGCUGUCGGGUGGCCGUCAACCAUGCCUUUCCUGCUCGCCAGCACUUAUUUAGUCAUCUCAGCUCGCCGGCGUCGUGUUCUAGUCAGCACCAUGUUCUGCGCGACGCGCGCUCCAGUGUCGUUUGUCACGUUUUGCGCGUCCUCUUCUCCGCAGGUUCCCUAGAGCUCGCGCCGUGAUCUCUCAGCUCGCCGGCUGUACUUGUCUUCCUCGCCAGCACGCCAUCUCGACUCGCUCGGCCUCAAUCUCCAUCACGCCGCAGCAACUUCGCGUUUCUCUGGUGCCGCGCACGCUCCUAGUCCUUGCGAGUCCACCUUGGUCCGGCCAGCGACACCCAUGUCGGCUCUCUAAUGCUUGCGCACGUCUGUCCAUGUCGCCAACAGCUCGGUCUCUACGUGUGUCUCCCUCAGUAUCUCGACACCGGAACUCCAUCCUGUCUGUAUGUGUGUGGAAGAACGGGAUCGAUGGAGAAGAAAGCGAAGCCCGUUUGGUUCGUAUGUUUGUUUGGUGCGAAAUUGGAGCUGUGGAUAUUGGGGAAGAAAUUCCGGGAAAUUAGUGGACGAUGAUGGUGAUGUUCGUGCGACACUCGUCGGAUGCUCGACAAAAAGCUUGAACAAGUCGUCGAUCGACAUCCUCGUCUACGCCAAAAAUUCGAGAAGAUUAGGCGCAGAAGGAAAUAAAUCAGUACGCGGCCGAAGAAUUCUCGAUGUGGACAAAGAAACGCGAUUCGACGCAGCACUCACCCUAUUUUCGGUGAAAUGCUAGAGCUGAAAGGUAUCGUCGAUUUCGUGGUUUCAAGUCGGUUUUAAUGAGAGUAAGUUGAUUAGUAUUCCAGUCAACUAGGUAUAUAAAUAGAUUAAAUAGAAUUGUUGGUCGUGAUAAUUGUUAUUGACUUAGCAUACGUAUAUUGUGAUGUUCGAUUUAGUUAAGUCGGUAAUUCAGGUUAAUUAAGACGCACGAUUUAAAGAGUUAAUUAGAUUAUUUCUAUAACUAUUUUAAGCCGUUGGCAUUUAAUAAUAGCGAGUCCAGGUUUUACUAGACCUCUGAAAUAUAUUUUACUAAGGAUGAUAGUGUAUGUUUAUAAUU